AAGCCGCAACACACGUGAUGCAAACCUGCCAUCAACACCACCGUCAGGGACCGUAUCGUACUUUUUCACAUUUACGAAAAUGAAUCCUACAUUUCUAAGCUAAGCUUUUCCCUCUCUCUCAGAGGAAUUAGAAACCGCUCCGGUGACGCCAAAUCUAAUAAACCGUCGCCGUUUUAAUUGAUUAGCUUCUCAUUCGCUACUACGACGCACUAUUCAUUUUUAUGCGUCUCUGCAAUGAGAUUAGGUUUAGCUCUGAUUUUGAUAUCUGCUCUGAUUCUUUCUCUUGCGGUUGCCGAGUCGGUUAAUGAGUCGGACUCGGCGGUGGUUGAUAUAAAUGCAACAGCAACUGAGUCGAAUAGAACGAUUGAUUCUUCUUCGGGAUCCAAGGAAGAUAGCUUUGCUGAUAUCAUUGAUCGUGCUCUAGAGAAGGAGUUUAAUGAGACUGAUCAGAAUGAAUCCCCUGAUCCUGGUAGCUUCAAUAACAGUGUAGCUGGAAACCAGGCGGUGUUGGAAACUGUUGCUAGAUUUACACAGAAGAAAAAUGAGACCAAGGAGGAGAAUAGGUCUUUUCAGUUUCAUAAUGUUUUCAAUUUGGAGAAUGAGAAUCGAGCAGAGGAUACACCCACGUUAAUUGAUAGCAAGGACAAUGUCUUUAUCAUAUCAAAUCCAAAAUCCAAAUACCCUUUGUUGGCACUAGAUUUAAGGUUGAUAUCAGAUCUGGUAGUUGUCAUUGUCUCUGCAACUUGUGGUGGCAUCGCUUUUGCUUGUGCUGGACAACCGGUUAUUACUGGAUAUCUGUUAGCAGGAUCAAUUAUUGGGCCUGGGGGCCUAAGCUGCGUCAGUGAAAUGGUGCAAGUUGAGACAGUGGCUCAAUUCGGUGUGAUUUUUCUUCUUUUUGCAUUGGGCCUUGAGUUCUCUAUAACGAAGCUUCGUGUUGUUCGAGCAGUUGCUGUUCUAGGUGGCCUUCUUCAGAUUUUUCUGUUUAUGUGCAUGUGUGGAAUAAUAGUUUUGUUUUGUGGUGGUAAACCUUCAGAGGGAGUUUUUGUUGGUGCUUUCCUGUCUAUGUCAUCUACUGCAGUGGUUUUGAAAUUUUUGAUGGAGAAGAAUAGUAUUAAUGCUCUUCAUGGUCAGGUCACUGUUGGGAUCCUUAUCCUGCAGGAUUGUGCAGUCGGUUUGCUAUUUGCUUUGCUUCCUGUUCUUGGCGGAAAUUCUGGCGUUCUUCAAGGAGUUGUAUCCAUGACUAAAUCGUUGGUGCUGCUAGUAACAUUUUUGUCUAUCUUGACGAUCCUUUCCCGUACUUGUGUACCAUGGUUUCUAAAGCUAAUGAUAAGCUUAUCAUCCCAGACUAAUGAACUUUAUCAAUUGGCAUCAGUGGCAUUCUGCUUACUUGUGGCAUGGUGUAGUGAUAAGCUGGGUCUGAGCCUUGAAUUGGGAUCCUUUGCUGCGGGUGUUAUGAUAGCAACAACUGAUCUUGGCCAACAUACACUUGAACAAGUUGAACCCAUUCGCAACUUUUUUGCUGCUCUCUUUCUAGCCAGCAUUGGGAUGCUAAUACAUGUUCACUUCCUGUGGACUCAUGUUGAUAUAUUACUCGCAGCUGUAUUAUUGGUGAUUGUCAUAAAAACUAUUGUGAUUGCAACUGUUGUCAAGGGAUUUGGAUACAACAAUAAAAGCUCUCUUCUUGUUGGAUUAUCUUUGGCACAAAUUGGGGAAUUUGCUUUUGUUCUUCUAAGUCGUGCUUCUAAUGUUCAUUUAGUCGAGGGAAAAAUGUAUCUCCUGCUUCUUGGUACAACAGCUCUGAGUUUGGUAACUACGCCAUUGCUUUUCAAGUUGAUUCCUGCUGUCAUACAUCUCGGCGUACUAUUGCGUUGGUUUCCACCUGAUAGUCCUAUUGAGAUUGGAUAUAAAGGAGAUACGCUACGCGCAGACAGUGCUAAGCGCAUAACUUUGAUGGUCCAAGGCUCUCAUGAUUCAUGAUAUUAACUAAAACAUGAAUCAUGCAAAUUUCAGCAUUUACCUGAUGGGCUUCUUAUACUCUGGGGGGUACAGGUACGUAAGAGAUCAAAGGGGGUCGACUGAUUCAUGUUGCCUACUUUCCGAUAGACACUGACCAGCGGGGGAACCAUCAUACCAGUUGAGAUGAAGAAAUGAGUUGAUACGAUCCAUUCAUAUGCCGACAUACUUCAAAUUUUUGAUUCAGGUCAUCUCCCAAACCUCCAAAGUUGGCAUAUAUUCUGUAACAUAAUGUCCAUUUUGUAAUGUAAUUCAUUUCUUGCUUAUAUUUUCUCUAACAAACAAUUGACCGUCUUAGUCCAAACCCUAGGGAGUCAUCUGUACCUUCGAAUAUGCAAGUUGGCCUUAAUGUAAUCAUAGCAAACCACAGAAGCACGAUAGUCUCAAUAUUUUAGUCAUAGAAUGUGUUCAUUUGAUAAUAA